GCGUGUGGCUGUGCUCAGCCAGGAGAGCUCGGGGCGCUGGGAAGCGGGGCCCCGCGGCCUCCCAAGGAGAGUUCGAAGACCCCCAGCAGGCCUGAAGGACCCAGGCCCUGCUGCCCCGGUCUGUCUGCCAGGGGCUGCCUGGAUUGCUCAGAGAGGCGGAGGCAUCCCCAGCCACCGGUGCUGUGGCUGUGGCUGACCUCUCUGGACCAGGAUGUGGGUAUCUUGGGUUCCUGGCCUAUGGCUGCUUGGUCUCUGGGCCACCUUCAGCUAUGGGGCAAAUACAGGUGAGUGGUGCCCACCUUCGCAGCAAGAAGGACUCAAGUUGGAACACAGUAGUGACUUAUUAGCCAAUGUGACCGGCUUCAACCUCAUACGCCGACUCAGCCUCAUGAAGACAUCUGCCAUCAAAAAGAUCCGCAACCCCAAGGGGCCUCUCAUCCUAAGGCUAGGGGCAGCCCCCCUGACCCAGCCCACACGCCGAGUAUUCCCUCGGGGCCUCCCGGAGGAGUUUGCCCUGGUGCUGACACUACUGCUGAAAAAACACACCUACCAGAAUACGUGGUAUUUGUUUCAAGUGACCGAUGGAGCUGGGUACCCACAGAUUUCCCUGGAAGUUAACAGCCAAGAGCAGAGCCUGGAGCUCCGGGCCCAGGGCAGAGAUGGCGACUUUGUGUCCUGCAUCUUCCCAGUACCCCAGCUCUUCGACCUGCGCUGGCACAAGCUGAUGCUGAGCGUGGCUGGACGGGUGGCCUCUGUGCAUAUAGACUGCAUCUCAGCCUCCUCCCAGCCUCUGGGGCCCCGGCGGCCCACACGGCCUGUGGGCCAUGUAUUUCUGGGUUUGGAUGCUGAGCAGGGCAAACCCAUCUUGUUUGACCUUCAGCAGGCGCACAUCUACUGUGACCCAGAGCUCGUGCUGGAGGAGGGCUGCUGUGAGAUUUCACCAGGAGGGUGCCCCCCAGAGACCUCCAAAGCCCGCCGGGACACCCAGAGCAAUGAGCUCAUCGAGAUCAAUCCACAGACUGAGGGCAAGGUCUACACCCGCUGCUUCUGCCUGGAGGAGCCUCAAAACAGCAAGGUGGAUGCGCAGCUGACGGGAAGAAUCAGCCAGAAGGCAGAAAGGGGAACAAAGGUCCCUCAGGAGACAGCAGCUGAUGAGUGCCCACCCUGUGUCCAUGGUGCCCAGGAGAGCAAUGUCACACUUGGUCCCUCUGGCCCCAAGACCCUGGCUUUGGGUGAGAGGGGCAUGCCUGGCCCAUCAGGACCCAAGGGAGAGAAGGGAGCACGGGGCAAUGAUUGCAUUCGAAUAUCCCAGGAUGCUCCACUUCAGUGUGCAGAAGGCCUGAAGGGAGAGAAGGGGGAGUCAGGAGCCUUGGGACCCUCAGGACUCCCAGGCUCAGCAGGCCAGAAGGGCAGCUCUGGGGUGCCAGGAAAGGAAGGCCCUGGUGGGAAACCUGUGAGUGACCCCGAUCCAGGGAAGCCGGGGAUGCCAGGGGUGAAGGGAGACAAGGGUGACCCCUGUGAAGUGUGUCCAACGCUGCCUGAAGGGUUCCAGAACUUUGUGGGGCUCCCUGGAAAGCCAGGGCCCAAGGGGGAACCAGGUGAUCCUGCACCAGCCAGGGAGCACCUGGGAACUAUUGGACAAAAAGGAAAUCGGGGGGAUCCUGGCAUCCAAGGCAUCAAGGGAGAGAAGGGGGAGCCCUGCUUGUCCUGUGGCUCACCUGUAGGGGUUCAGCAUCUUAGACCCUCUGCAGGGGCCAAAGGAGACGUGAGCUUCCCUGGCUUCGGUCUGCCUGGCCUGCCGGGGAAGACUGGGGCUCCGGGGCCAACAGGGCUGAAAGGAGAGAAGGGUAAUUUUGGGGAGGCAGGACCAGCUGGCAGUCCAGGACCACCAGGGCCAGUGGGACCAGCAGGCAUCAAAGGGGCGAAGGGGGAGCCUUGUGAGCCAUGCCCAGCUUUGUCCAAGCUUCAGGAUGGGGAUGGCCAUGUGGUGGCCUUGCCUGGCCUGCCCGGAGAGAAGGGGGAGCCUGGGCUUCCAGGCUUUGGUCUGCCAGGAAAACAGGGAAAGGCUGGAGAGCGUGGACUGAAGGGGCAGAAGGGUGACGCUGGGAAUCCUGGAGACCCUGGAAUGCCUGGCACCACAGGGCAACCAGGACUGUCGGGAGAACCUGGGGUUCGUGGCCCUGUGGGGCCAAAGGGAGAAAAGGGAGAUGGCUGCACUGCCUGCCCCAACCUGCAGGGGGCGAUGACCGACGUGGUGGGACUGCCUGGGAAGCCGGGCCCCAAAGGAGAUCAGGGCCCAGAGGGCGUGGGCCGGCCUGGUAAACCUGGCAAGCCUGGUCUACCGGGAGUUCAAGGGCCCCCAGGACUGAAGGGUCUACAGGGAGAGCCAGGCCCUCCAGGAAUGGGAGUCGAGGGGCCCCAGGGGGAGCCUGGAGUCCAGGGUUUGCCUGGCAUUCAGGGACUUCCAGGACCUCGGGGACCACCUGGCCUCUCUGGAGAGAAAGGUGCCCAGGGAUCUCCAGGGGUGAAAGGAGCCACUGGACCUGUGGGACCUCCUGGUGCCAGUGUCUCUGGGCCUCCGGGUCUUGAUGGGCAGCAAGGACAGACGGGACUUCCAGGAGCCACAGGGAUGCCAGGUGAAAAGGGAUCUCGAGGAGAGAAGGGAGAGCCAGGGGAGUGCUCCUGCCCCUCUCGAGGAGACCCCAUCUUCUCUGGCAUGCCGGGUGCUCCGGGACUUUGGAUGGGCAGCUCCUGGCAGCCGGGCCCGCAGGGUCCCCCAGGUGUUCCCGGACCACCAGGCCCUCCUGGAGUGCCUGGGCUGCAGGGAGUGCCUGGGAACAACGGUUUGCCGGGACAGCCUGGACUCACUGCAGAACUGGGAUCCUUACCAAUUGAACAGUACCUCCUUAAGAGCAUCUGCGGGGACUGUGCUCAGGGGCAGACGGCCCACCCAGCGUCGCUCCUGGUGAAAGGAGAGAAGGGAGACCAGGGCAUCCCUGGUGUGCCUGGCCUGGACAGCUGCGCCCGGUGCUUCUCAGAGCGGGAGCGCCCGAGAGCUGAGGAGGCCCGGGGAGACAACAGCGAGGGAGAGCCCGGCUGUGCUGGGAGCCCUGGGCUGCCUGGCCCUCCGGGACUGCCAGGCCAGAGAGGAGAAGAGGGUCCGCCUGGUGUGAGAGGUUCCCCGGGUCCUCCAGGCCCUAUUGGCCCCCCAGGUUUUCCUGGUGCUGUUGGCUCCCCCGGAUUGCCCGGCCUUCAAGGAGAGCGAGGCCUCACGGGUUUGACAGGAGACAAGGGGGAACCGGGUCCACCAGGGCAACCUGGCUACCCAGGUGCCAUGGGCCCCCCGGGACUGCCUGGCAUCAAAGGGGAGCGUGGCUACACUGGACCCGUGGGAGAGAAGGGGGAAUCGGGCCCACCAGGAUCUGAAGGCCUCCCAGGUCCCCCAGGCCCAGCGGGUCCCCGAGGAGAGCGAGGACAGCAAGGGAACUCGGGUGAAAAGGGCGACCAGGGAUUUCAAGGCCAGCCAGGCUUUCCAGGCCCGCCGGGUCCCCCUGGAUUCCCAGGCAAAGUUGGAGCACCUGGCCCACCAGGGCCCCCAGCGGAGAAGGGCAGCGAAGGGAUUCGAGGACCAUCAGGCCUGCCUGGUUCCCCUGGGCCACCAGGACCUCCCGGAAUUCAGGGCCCGGCCGGUCUGGAUGGUCUGGAUGGGAAGGAUGGCAAGCCUGGCCUGAGGGGGGACCCUGGUCUUGCUGGCCCACCUGGACUCAUGGGACCCCCGGGCUUUAAGGGGAAAACGGGACAUCCCGGACUCCCAGGACCUAAGGGUGACUGUGGCAAUCCAGGUCCCCCUGGCAUCAGUGGCCGGCCUGGAGCAGAGGGUGAGCCUGGUGCCAUGGGACCCCAGGGAAGACCCGGCCCCCCCGGCCAUGUUGGACCCGCAGGGCCUCCAGGCCAGCCAGGUCCAGCUGGAAUCUCUGCAGUGGGCCUGAAAGGAGACCGGGGAGCCACCGGAGAAAGGGGCCUUGCAGGACUUCCAGGCCAGCCUGGCCCACCCGGACACCCUGGUGCCCCGGGUGAACCUGGUGCGGACGGUGCAGCUGGCAAAGAGGGACCCCCUGGAAAACAGGGACUGUAUGGACCUCCUGGGCCAAAGGGUGAUCCAGGGCCCGCAGGACAGAAGGGCCAAGCAGGAGAAAAGGGGAGAUCUGGCAUGCCUGGCGGGCCUGGCAAGAGUGGCUCCAUGGGACCUGUUGGGCCUCCGGGUCCUGCAGGAGAGAGAGGCCACCCUGGAUCUCCAGGGCCCGCGGGGAGCCCUGGAUUGCCUGGCGUGCCUGGCUCCAUGGGAGACAUGGUGAAUUAUGAUGAAAUCAAGAGGUUCAUCAGACAAGAGAUCAUUAAAAUGUUUGAUGAGAGGAUGGCUUACUACACUUCCAGGAUGCAGUUCCCCAUGGAGAUGGUAGCAGCUCCGGGCCGACCAGGGCCCCCAGGGAAGGAUGGCACUCCAGGCCGGCCAGGUGCUCCAGGAUCACCUGGUCUCCCUGGUCAGAUUGGCAGAGAAGGACGGCAGGGCUUGCCAGGAAUGAGAGGAUUGCCUGGUACCAAAGGUGAAAAGGGGGACACUGGUAUUGGCAUUGCAGGAGAAAAUGGUCUCCCCGGCCCUCCAGGUCCUCAAGGUCCUCCGGGAUAUGGCAAGAUGGGUGCAACGGGACCAAUGGGCCAGCAGGGCAUUCCCGGCAUCCCUGGCCCCCCAGGUCCCAUGGGCCAGCCAGGCAAGGCUGGCCACUGUAACCCCUCUGACUGCUUUGGAGCCAUGCCAAUGGAGCAGCAGUACCCACCCAUGAAAAAUAUGAAGGGGCCUUUUGGCUGAAAUCACCUCCUGCCAUUGAAUGAAGGACUCCAUUGGGAAUAAAUGGCCAAAGCUUACAGGACUCUGUGAUGGGUUGUGAAUGUUUGUGUUAUUGUUGUUGUCGUUUUUAAUUGCUGUUAAUAUUUUUUUUUAACAAUAAAUAAACAAAACUAUCUGCAAAUCUCA